AUGUCCACCACCGCUGAUAUCACGGAGUGGUUCAACCGGGGCCCGCUGACAACCACCUUCACCCCACCAACAUCAUGCCUACAGACCGCAUCCACAGUGGUCUAUUAUGUGAACGACGUGCCUGGUACAACCACCUUCUAUGGCCACUGGUGGACUACAGGCAUCCAAUGCUUACCGACGGGGACUAUGCCUGAAAGCCUGUUAGGUGACGCGACAUACUGGGGAACGUAUUGGUGUAAGACACGUCUCGGAAUAGUGUGA